AUGACGGUGGCUCCACGGGAAUACGGGAUAUUUUGGCCCCCAAAGCCCAGCUGUGCCAAGGGGCCGAUCCGGGAGGGGCCGAACCAGAGACGAAGCCAGGCCAGCCUGCAGCCCAACAAAACUUUCAAGACCCAGAUCAACAGCGCCAUUAAAUUCAUCUUCGACGUUCUGACCCAAAACUGCUUCAAAGGUGCUGGCUCCCGGAUGCGGGUCCUGAAGGUGGUUAAGGCUGGCUCCUCGGGGAAGGGCAAAGCCCUUAAGAAAAUGUCCGACGUGGACCUGGUCGUGUUUGUCAGUUUGGUGGAGAGUUUCCAGGACCUGAGAGACAAACGGAAGGAAAUCAUUGCCGAAAUCGAGGCCCGGCUGGAGGAAUGUGGAUCUUCCCUGGGAAAAAACAUAGAGCUGGAAAUUAAGGAAACAAAAUGGAAGAACCCCCGUGUGCUCACUUUCUCCCUCACCUCCACCGCCAUGGGCGAAAAAAUGGAGUUUGACGUGCUUCCAGCUUUCGAUGUCCUAGGCCAGCUUGGCAGAGACUAUACGCGUCCCAAGCCUGCGGUCUACGUCCAGCUGAUUAAGAGCAAGCCCAAAAGAAACGAGUUCUCCUCCUGCUUCACCGAGCUGCAGAGGAACUUCGUCAGGGGUCUCCCCACCAAACUGAAGAGCCUCAUCUGCCUGGUGAAGCACUGGUACAAAGGCCUCACAAAGAAGCUGAAGAAAGGGGAGUCCCUGCCCCCGCAGUAUGCCCUGGAGCUCCUGUCUGUCUAUGCCUGGGAGAAAGGGGGCAGGGGUGAAGGGUUUGACAUGGCCGAGGGCUUCCGGACGGUGCUGGAGCUGAUCCAGCAGCACGCCCAGCUUUGCGUCUACUGGACCGUCAACUACGACUUUAAGGAUCAUAUCCUGGAAUCGUACCUGCAAUAUCAGUGCUUCAAAGCCAGUGGCAACAACUCCUCUGUUUUGCACUAUGGACAUGCUGGAGCCCCAAAUGACAAGACUAUUGAUGAUGGAGACUUGUGGUGUUCUGGGUACCUGUGUCCCCAGUUAGUGGGUGGUUUGGGGAGGAAGGACCCAGAUUUCAAACACUUAGUUUCAGGGUUUUGA